AUGAAGUCGCGAAUAGGUCCCUCUCUGGUAGCGCUGGGCGGUUUACUUUCCCUGGCCAAUGCAAUCACUCUCGAUAUGAACAGCUUUGAUUCGAUCAAGUCUGUUACCUCUACUCUAGCAUACGACAUGAUGACAUACUAUUCAGGCAAUCAGUCCGGGCAAGUGCCAGGUCUGCUACCCGGCCCGUGUGACUCAACGGCUUGUUAUUAUUGGUGGGAAGCAGGCGCGAUGUUUGGAUCUCUGAUCAAUUACUGGCAGUAUACCGGGGACGACAGCUACAACUCCGUCGUGACGCAAGCUUUACAGUUUCAGGUUGGACCGGAAGAGAAUUUCAAUCCUCCGAACCAGAGCAAGAACAUGGGUGUGGACGAUCAAGCAUUUUGGGCAUUUACGGCCAUGGACGCUGCUGAGGCUAAUUUGCCGGACGUUGGUGGUGACGCUCCUUCUUGGCUGGCUCUGGCUCAGGCCGUGUUCAAUUUUCAAUCGACCCUUUGGGAUUCUGCCACUUGCAAUGGAGGAAUGAGAUGGCAAGUCUAUUCUUUCAAUGCGGGCUACAAUCUGAAAAACACCAUCUCCAAUGGCGGCAACUUUCAAUUGGCAGCGCGUCUGGCUCGAUACACUGGGAACCAGACGUAUGCAGACUGGGCGAUCCAGAUGUGGGAUUGGAUGGAAGCUAGCCCGCUGUUUCAAUAUCAGGAUGACGUUCUCUACAUCUGGGACAAUACGGAUGCAAACAACAACUGCACCGACGUGGCUCACUAUGCCUGGACCUACAACUACGGCACGAUGCUGAUGGGGGCUGCUGCUAUGUACAAUUUCACCAAUGGGGCCGAGCCAUGGGGAACGCGGGUCAACCAGAUCUUGCAGGGGGCAUUCAAUCUGUUUUUCCCCCAGGAAUACGGCGGCAACAUCAUGACUGAGUUCCAAUGUGAACCGACUAUGGUGUGCAACAACGACCAAAGCAGUUUCAAGGCUUACCUGUCUCGGUGGAUGGCCGUUACAGCCUUGAUCGUGCCCAGCACAUAUGACUUGAUCAUGCCCAAACUGCAGGCGAGCGCUGCAGCCGCGGCACAGCAAUGUAGUGGAGGGAAUAAUGGGCGAAUGUGUGGGCGGCGGUGGUAUUCAAGCUUUGACGGCUCCAUGGGCGUGGGACAACAGAUGCAAGCACUUGCGGUCAUCGGAGCAUCAACUAUACAUCCAGACAUUGCGCCCAAAACGGUGGCUACUGGAGGCACGUCGGAAAGUGACCCUGGUGCUGGGACUGGUGUCGAUGCCUCUCCGGUAGAGCAUUCACCCAUCACCAUGGGAGAUCGAGUUGGUGCUGGUGUCCUGACGGUAUUGUGUGCCGGUAUUAUUGUGGGGGGAGCGAUUUGGAUUAUGGUGUAA